AUGUCAAGGAGGCUAGUACGAUCCAUAAGAAACAUCAGCUCCACUCCAGCAGAAAUCAAGAUCAAAGCAGCUACAAGUAACGAUUCAUUUGGCCCAACUACAUCCGAGUUGAACGAAUUAGCCAUCCUAACAAAUGAUUCAAAGCAAUUGAAACAGAUCAUAACCAUCUUGGUAAAGAGAAUAAAUGAUUCCUCACGUAAUUGGAGACAUAUCUUGAAAAGUCUCACAGUGAUUCAAUAUUGUAUGUUGGCUGGAUCUAUUGAAUUUGUUUAUUGGAUUCAAAAUAAUUCAUAUUUGAUUUCAACAUUGAAGGAGUUCCAAUUGAAGGAUUCAAAUGAUAUGGCUCAACAGAUUAGAAAAAAGGCCAAAAGUAUAUCAAAGCUAUUGAAAGAUGACAAGUUAUUGGAGGAAAAGAGAUCAAACUAUCAUAUUUACAGAAAUAAGAUGUCCCAGCCUGCAAAUGGGAAAAGAUCCUCUUUAGAUAUAACAAGACAUGAUGUUGAACCAGAUGUUGAAGCUAUCGGGUCUCCUGCUUUAGAAGAUGGUUUUAAUCCAUUCAAAAGAGGAACGCAGAGUUUGGAUAUAAAGCGUUCCAUUGGCGGUAGUCGUGGUUGGGAGAGUAAUGGUGGUUUACUUGGUCAUAAGGAUAGGCAGAGUGAUGAGAUUUCACGUAUAUUGGCUAAUAUAGAAGAAGAGUGAUGCUGAAUUUCAGUGCAUUGGAGUUUAUUAGCUCCUCAAAGGAAGAUAGGACCAUAGAAAUUGAUCCAGAUCUUAAGUUUGACUAAUAUGAAAAGCCUUCACUCAACUUUGAAAAGGUUUUAGGGAAAUCAUUUGCAACAAAUUGACAAAUUUCCUUCAGAACGUUUAGGGGCUUCAAAAUUCUACUCAAUUAUUUGUCAUUCAUUUACAUUCCAGAAGGUAUAUUACUAAAACCACGUUGCAUCACCGUUGUCAACAUCUCCAGAACAUCACAUUUACAAUUCAAUUGAUCAAAAUAAACCACGUCACGAUUCACUGUCGUCCAA